ACAUCAAGUACCAAAACGCAGCGUUUCAUUCUUUACAAGUAGGAACAAAAAGGCAAAAUUGAAGAAGGCGAAACGUAGUGGUCGACACCCUCAUUUCACUCCCACACACGCCGUUCUCAUCUUCGAGCCUCAAUUUCCAGUUUCAAUCACUCAAAAAAUUUGAAGAUGAAGAGAAAGUUGACGCUGGAAGAAGGAAUGAGUAUACUGCAAGAAGGUAUUUCAAAAGCUAUGUUGAUACUGGAUGGAUACCCUACCGGCUCGUUGUUCACUUGUGAGGAAUACAUGAAACUCUACGAUUGUGUGUAUCAUAUGUGUGUUCAGCAACCUCCUUAUGAGUAUUGUGCAGAGCUCUAUGAAAUAUUCAAGAAAGCUUUGGAAGAGAGCAUUACUUCAAGGGUGAGACAUACACGAUUAUACAUAUUGUAUAGCUGUCAGGUCAUGCCAGCUCUAAAGGAUAAAUCACAAAUAACUCUUCUAUAUGAAGUUUGGAACAUGUGGACAAAAUACAAGGUCAUGUCAAAAUUUCUUGGAGGUUUCUUCCUGUACCUUGAUCGACAUUUUACCGAGGAUAGGAAUACUGCUUCUCUUAACGAACUCUCGAUUUGUUGUUUCCGGGACCUGGUGUUUAGUGAAUUGUAUCCCAAGAUUUUGGAAGCAGCAAUAUCACUAAUCAAUCAGGACCGUGAGGAUAACUCUGAUUGCCGGGAUUUGCUAAAGAACGUUUCAACUUUGUUUAUUGAAAUUGGUAGUGGGAAAAUGCAUUAUUAUGACAACUUUGAGACAGCAAUACUAGCAAGUAGUGCAAAUUACUACAAUCGGUUAUUUCCACAGUGGCUUCUGUACUACCCACCUAUUGAUAUUUUUAUGAAGGCCCAAAACUGUUUGAACCAAGAAAAAGACAGAGCUAGUCAAUUCUUGCAUCAAACCUCGGUUGAGAAGUUGCUACAAGUUGUGCAUGAGCAGUUAUUGGGUCAAACCGCAUUGGAUCAAGCUAAACUUUACGAAAAACAGAAGACUGAGUGUGGCGAUUGCUCAAUACAAUACCAGGAGGUGCUGUCGGGAUGUGCGGGUUUGAAUCUGGGUGAAGGGAGUUCGCGAGUGUGAUGCAGAUUUAGAUGGAGAAUUUUGGUCAUGAACCACGGUUAUUUUAGUAAUUCCAUUAAAUGAAUAUAGAUGCAGAUUUACUGACCCUUUUAACUUGUCUCUUCAUCUUCACAUUCCCUACAAGACAACACACUUGAAGUUUCAUCCAUUUGUCAUUUUUGCCCCUUUUCAAAUGUGGCAAAAAGGGAAUGAAAGUAUAGUUUAAAAAUGUU